CAGCUAACUGUCCCGCAGAUUAAAGAUGGCGCCCUCUCACGCGCUGAGGUGCUGUAAACGGGCUUUAAACUGGGUACCUGUCCUGUUUAUUAACCUGGUCAUCGGCUGGUCUUAUUACGCCUAUGUUAUAGAGCUGUGUGUCUAUACAAUCCCAAAUAAUACAGAGAGAAUCUGUUAUUUGGUCGUCUUCCAUAUUUGCCUUAUCAUGUUCAUCUGGUCAUACUGGAAAACCAUUUGGGUAACACCAGCUGAACCGUCCAAAGCAUUUAGUUUGCCCAGAGUAGAGAAAGACCAGUUUGAAAAAGAGGAAAGAGCAGAAGUACAACAGGAGAUUUUGAAGAAAGUGGUUAGAAAUUUACCUGUGUACACCCGCACUGCAGGAGGAGCUGUUCCAUACUGUAAUUCUUGUCAAGUAAUCAAACCUGAUCGCUGCCAUCACUGCUCCACAUGCGAGAGAUGUGUGCUGAAAAUGGACCAUCACUGCCCCUGGGUCAAUAAUUGUGUCGGAUUCUCAAACUACAAAUUCUUCAUUCUAUUUCUGGGCUAUGCUUCACUUUACUGCGCUGUCAUUUGUGCCACAGUAAUGCAGUAUUUUAUCAAAUUCUGGAAGAAACUGCUUCCUGAAACUCACGCCAAGUUCCACAUCUUAUUCCUGUUCUUUGUGGCGGCUUUGUUUUUCAUCAGCAUCAUUUCACUGCUCAGCUAUCACCUAUGGCUCGUGGCGAAGAACCGGACAACUAUAGAGGCUUUCAGGGCCCCUGUCUUCACCAAUGGACCAGACAAAAAUGGCUUCUCUUUAGGCUUCAAAAGAAAUGUUGCUGAGGUCUUUGGCGAUCAAGCAAAGUACUGGUUCUUCCCUGUUUUCUCCAGCCUUGGAGAUGGACAUUCAUUUGUUACCAGGUUGGUUCAUAUAGAUCCUGAGACUGCAAACAGCAUUCUUCAGCAAAAUGGAAAGAGUUGCAGCCCUGUGGAUGGUGCAACAAACAUCUGUCAGCCUGCAAAUAAUGUACAACAUACACUGGACAAUAACAAAUCAGGACAAGCAGACUCUGUGGUGAUAGAGAAUGAGCCAUAGUUUCAGAAUUCAAGCUAAAACGUGUGAUAUAUGUGAUGCCUUAACCAUCCUCAGCACCUCUCUGUGAGUCCUCCGUGCCCCUCUGGUCACAUGAUAAGGUGGAGUAUUCUGUUCAAACUGCCUCCAUAUGCCACAAUAGAUCAAAGACACAAAUAUAAAAUAUAAAAGGCCAAAAGAUUUCAAUACAAGACUUUCAUUUCAUGGCAUUCAUCAGUUGUGAUAGACCUGUGGCACUGUUGGUAGUACGAAGGAUUAAAUUAUGAUACAUUGAUUAAAUUAUUGAUUGAUUGAUACAUUUAACAGUACAAAAGAAUACCAAAUGCCUGCCAUUUCUGUAACAUGCCCCUGGUGUAUCUUGUCAUAUACUUAAAAUGUAAUUGCUCCUUGCUCACAAAGAUGUGUUGCUGCCAUAAUUUUAAUAUCAUUUUGUAAAAAUUUGUUUCAACAUCUGUAACAUUUGUAGUACUAUUUUCUACAAUAUGGUUUCAUGUGUUAAACUGAAUGUUUUUGUACAAAGUCAACACUAAAGCCAUUGUUUCCUAAUGAACCAGUAUUAUCUCUGUAUAAUAUGUUAAGCAACAGUUUUCUAGAUAAUGUGUGAAUUUGAAGAAUUUGUUUACAUGUAUUAUUUUAGUUUUUAUCUUGUCCAGCUACUAUGCUCAUAUUUUACUCCAAAAUCAAACCUCUUUUGAUUUGCAUUCUUCAAAACCAAAUUGUUGCACUGUAAUGCUAUGAAAUGCUAUGAAAUUAAUAAUUAUUUUUUAUAUAUAUACAUGUUUUAAAAUGGUUUUUAUCUGUAAAAAAUACUGUGUUUUUGUUAAAUAAUGCAAUGGCUUCAACCAAGAAAAAGACUGAAUUUGCUAAAGAUAGUGCUUUUAUUUUGUAUUUAUUUAAGUGAAAUUAUGUAUUUUGUGUAACAUGAAUGCCCUAUUUUCAUGAUGGAACGGUUGUUUCUGAAUGAGUACUAAUGAUGAGUUUUAAGUAUUGUUUUUGUAUGGCACAGCUUUUUACUGAGAACAUGGUGAAGGAUUACAGUUUUUUAGCUGUUAAAAUAAACUCUUAUGAAUUUAUUUUUAAUAUUCUUGUAUUAACAUCUGAAAUGGUUGAUGGUAAUUGCUCGAGAGGUGAUUUAUCAUCCUAAAAUAUGUACUGCAGGCUGAUCGUAAAGCUCCAAAGUCUUGGAUCAAAGUGAAGAGUAUUAUGUAUAUAUGGUUGUCUACUGGUCUGACAGGUUAAAUGUAAACCCAAUUGAAGAAAGCAUCAAAAGCAGUGGACACGUUCCCUGUGAUAUUAAGUCCAACUAAAAGAGCUAUUUUAAAGAUUUGUUUGCUUUGUUUUGACACUCCUAGCAUUUGUGUGCCCAAAUAAAAAAUCGAUGACUUAUUAAUUUUCAGUACAGUAAACAGGAGUCCUAAUAAAUAAUGUCUUUACUGC